UAUCCCCCAGAACCAGUCACUGACGAGCUCGUAGAGGAAAUCGUUAGAGGGUUUUGUUCGGAGACGUCGAAAAUGGCCAUAGAAGAGGUGGGAUGCGCGUGCUGCGGAAGUCUUUGCAAUCGUGCGUCCUCAAGAUCAGUCAAAGAUCGUAAGUUAGAUCUAUCCCUUCUGAUCGAGCCUCAUGCUACUCGCCUCGAGCGCCAUUCCUCUAACGAGCGAAUCAAGCACAUAGACGGCCCAGUGCUUGCGGAUGGGUGCGAUCGUGUGUGCGUAUCUUGCUAUGAUUCCCUCGUGAACGGCAGACGACCUCUAAAGUCCUUGGCAAAUGGUCUUUGGAUAGGCGAAGUACCUGAAGUUCUCAAAGGUCUAUCUUACGCCGAGAUGCAAAUGAUAAGUAAGAUACGCCAUAAUCGCACCGUCGUUCGCGUGCGUUCGGGUCGAGGGAAGAUGAUUGCCAACGCGGUCAUGUUUUCCAGUCCCCUCCCUCAGGUUCGGAAAAUACUUCCUCCUCAUCGCGAGGAGCUUAACGAGGUCGUUGCGUUCACCUUCCUCGGUACCGCUAGACCGACGCCAGAGGAAUUCGCCAGGACCCCUAUGCUCAUGAGGUUAGAUGUGGUAGAGAAUGCGUUGCGUUGGUUAUGUCCUAAUCACCCGUCAUUCCACGACGUUGAGAUUUCGAAGGAAAAUUUGGAAAGUUACCGCGUCGCAGACCCCCUCGUAUGGGAAUUUCGCCAGCUGGCGGAAGAUGAUACUAUCCAGGAAGCAACCGCCACCAGCGUGGCGAAUGAAGACGUGGACGCUCCGGAUCACGGUCCCUGCCCCUUUGUCGUUCAUGGACUAACG